CUAGCUGCAAAUUUUUUUCUUUUAUCACUUAGUCCUUUCUGAAUUUGAUUUCCGAUGCUUUAAACUCUCUCCCUUGAAAGAUAAAAAGCUACUAACGGUUAGUAACUGUUGUUCCCGCUAAAAGGCCAAAAACGUUUAACGGUCAGUAACUGUCGUUUGCUUUAUUUCUUCUCGUGGCCAUUUAAAGUUUAAACCACCAUGCCCCUUUACUUUCCACUUUUCCCAGCAAAUGUGAACCGCCAUUAGAUGAUGGAUAUUCGUCUCUCUCUAGAAUCGCUUAAACUCCCUCCUUUCCGUGAACGAACGCAAAACAGAACAGGCUCCAAAGACUGGAAUGCAAUAAUCAAAUACCACGCCAAACUCAGAAAUGACCAUGCGAUUCUCUCUACUUACACGCAAAUGGAAUCUCUUGGGCUACAACCUGAUAAUAUGACUCUCCCUCUCAUUUUCAAAGCUUGCACGAGGCUGAAUGCGUUUGAGAGAGGCAAGAAGAUACAUUCUAGUAUUGAGAGUACUGAUUUGAUAAAAAAUGUUAGAGUUGGGACCUCCGUUGUUGAUUUCUAUUGCAAAUGCGGGCAUAUUCUUGAAGCUCACAAAGUGUUUGAUAAAAUGAGUGAAAGAGAUUUGGUUUUGUGGAAUGCUAUAAUAUCUGGGUAUGUGGGCUGUGCUUAUUAUGUGGAGGCAAUUGGGCAGUUUAGAAGGAUGCAAAGGGAGGGUUUGGAACCAAAUUCUCGAACUUUGGUGGCAUUGCUACUGGCAUGUGAGGGAAUUCUGGAAUUGAGAUUAGGACAGGAAUUACAUGGUUAUUGCUUGAGGAGUGGAUACUUUGAUUUGUAUCCCCAUUUGGGUACUGCUUUAAUUGGGUUCUAUUUGAAUUUUGAUGUGAAAAUUUCGAGCCUUGUGUUUGAUUUGAUGAUUGUGAAGAGUGCUGUGAGUUGGAAUGCAAUGAUUACAGGGUAUUUUGGUUCUGGGGAUUUUGUCAAAGCCUUAGAGCUCUUUGUUCAGAUGUUGAAGGAUGGGGUCAAGUUUGAUAUGGUUACAAUAUUGGUCUCUAUUCAGGCAAGUGCAGAAAUUGGAUCUUCUGAAUUGGGAAUGCAAAUCCAUCAGUUGGCUAUUAAAUUAAGUUAUGGGAAUGAGUUGUUCAUAGUAAAUGCAUUGCUUAAUAUGUAUGCUGAAAUUGGAAAUUUAGAAUUAGCUUGUCGUUUAUUUGAUACGGUUACCGUUCAUGAUGUUCCCUUGUGGAAUUCCAUGAUAGCUGCAUAUAUUGAUCAUGGCUGUUACGAGGAAGCUACUAGUUUAUUUACUACAAUGCGAACAGAGACAAGAGAAGAUGAAAGAACUAUUGCUGUUAUACUGUCUUUAAGUGCAGAAUUAACUGAUGGUUUAAAAAUAGGUAGAAGCUUGCAUGCUCUUGCCUACAAGCGAGAAAUGAAGAUGAAUGUUUCCCUUGGGAAUGCAUUAUUAAGUAUGUAUGCAGAUCUAAAUUGUGUUGAAGAUGCUUUGAAGGUUUUUAAUGAGAUGAGCAAUAUAGAUGUUGUCCCCUAUAACACUUUGAUCUUGGCUUUUUCUGUCAGCAAUUUAAGCGGUAAGGCAUGGGAACUCUUUGGAAUGAUGCGAGAAUCAGAAGUCAGUCCUAACUCUCAUACAAUGAUAUCUCUACUUGCUUCUUGUGGAGAUGAAAAAUGUCUAAACAUCGGAAGAUCUGUCCAUGGUUUCAUUAUAAAAAACAGCAUUGAAAUAAAUCUUUCAUUGAACACUUCACUCACUGAAAUGUAUAUCAAUUGUGGUGACGGAGCAGCAGCUAGGUAUCUAUUUGAUACCUGUCCUAGUCGAGAUUUGAUUUCAUGGAAUGCUAUUAUUGCUGCUCUUCUGAAAAACGACAAAACUGGUGAAGCUAUAUUAUUUUUCAACCGUAUGAUUUCAGAGGUGGAACCUAACUCUGUUACUAUCAUAAACAUCCUAUCAACAUGCACAAAUCUCGCCAAUCUUCCUCAAGGCCAAUGUUUGCAUGCUUAUGCAACACGGAGGUUUUCCGCUUUUGGUUUAAAUUUAUCUCUUGGUAAUGCUUUUAUAACAAUGUACGCAAGAUGUGGUAGUAUACGAAAUGCUGAAAAGAUCUUUGAAACCUUAGCAAAGAGAAAUGUUAUCUCUUGGAAUGGAAUGAUUACUGGCUAUGGGACACAUGGUUGUGCUUAUGAUGCUAUCCUCACCUUCAAGAAUAUGUUAAAAGAUGGUUUCCAACCAAAUGGGGUAACUUUCUUAUCUGCUCUAUCUGCUUGCCGCCAUGCUGGUAUGAUAAAGGAAGGUCUGCAGCUUUUUAAUUCAAUGGUUCAGGAUUUCAAAAUGACUCCUACUCUUUCUCAUUAUGGCUGUGUGGUUGAUCUACUUGGUCGAGGAGGAAGCUUAAAUGAGGCCAGAGAAUUUAUCAAUUCAAUGCCAAUUGAACCGGAUGCAUCAGUUUGGAGAGCUCUGCUUAGUGCUUGUCGAGUUCAUUCCAACACAGAAAUAGCAGCUGAAAUUUUCGAAAAUCUUGUUGAAUUAGAGCCAACUAAUGCUGGAAAUUACAUUUUGCUGUCAAAUAUAUAUGCUGCAGCAGGUUUUUGGUCAGAAGUUAGACAAAUAAGAAAGUGGCUAAAAGAUAAGGGUUUGAAAAAGCCUCCAGGAACUAGUUGGCUCAUUGUCCGAGGUCAGGUUCAUUCUUUUACUGCUGGAGAUACAUCACACCUUCAAUCUGACAGAAUUUAUGGAAAUUUGAAUUCUUUGUUGCUUUUAACUAGAGAAUAUGGAUAUGUUACUGAUUUCCAUUUGGCAAUGGAUGAUGAACAGGAUUAAAGUUAAAUUGACAGGAUUAAUUUUCUUCUAUAAUGAGAAAUUGAGUUUCUUGUUUGAAUAGAAUGAUGGUGCGGAAUCAUUUACCUGUACUCUGGAUGGGAGGGGAAGUUUUCCCCGUCGUCUAACUUUUCCCUGUUGUUCAACAAUGGAAGGAAACUUUUCCCUUGGGAAAAUAACAGGCCUACCGCGCACUGCGCACGUGGGAUCUCCGUCAUCCUUUUCCUCGUGUAAUAA